AUGUCAGUUGAUAGCAAAAUAAAUUUGGUUGAUAAAAAAAAAGCACGAGGUUAUUCUCAUUUAGAGAUGCAUUCGAUUGUUUACACGUGGGAAAUUAAUAAAAUUACCCAUUUUCUCGAGUCUACUAAAGGUAUUGAAGAAAAUGUCAUAAAUUCACCUGAGUUUUCAACAAGUGCUAAACUAAAAGAUUCAUGGUUCCUACAACUGAAAAUUCAAAACGAUGAUCAAUCCUCAAAAAAUGAAACGUGGGUUUCUUUAUCUUUAAUGCCAAAACAUAAAAAUUUGAAAGUCCGAGCGAAGUAUUUGUUAUUUUUUUUGAACAAUAAAAAAGAAAAAAUAGUAAGUGGAGGUAAAAGUUAUAAUCAAUCAUUAGAUGCAUGGAUUAGUCACCAUUUUGUAAGUUCACCUGCAGGCCGUGGUUUUUCAAAUUUCAUGAAAAUAGAGGAUCUACUACAGAAUAAAGAUGAACUUCUUAAAAACGAUACCUUAACAGUUUGUGUUGAUCUGAUUAUUUAUGAUGAAUACGUCACACAGAAUAAUCCAAUAACUAAUUCAUUAGAAGAUUCUGAUGGAACAUUGAACAAGGAUUUUGAAAAUCUUUUGAUUUCUAAAAAAAAUUGCGAUGUAGUUAUCACCGUCGGUGACGAAAAGUUUGAUGCUCAUAAGGUUGUAUUGAUAACCCGCAGCAAUGUUUUUGAAGCUAUGUUUGAGCACGAUAUGAAAGAGUCGAAGAAAAAUGAAGUAGAUAUACCAGACGUUGAUCCAGGAGUAUUCAGAAGAGUGCUAGAAUUUAUUUACACCGAUAAAGUCGAGGAUUUAGAUAGUUUUGCUGAUGAAUUACUAGAGGCUUCCGAUAAGUAUCAGAUUCACGGACUUAAAAAAAUGUGUGAAACUUCUCUAUCCAAAACUUUAUCUUUUAAAAACGCUGUAAGGAUACUGAUUUUGGCAGAUCGCCACAGUGCAGAACGAUUAAAGGAAUUUACAAUGGAUUUCGUAGUCGCUAAUUUGGCCGAACUACAAAAUACUGAAGAGUUUAAACGAUUGGAAAAGUCUCAAGAAUCCCUUGCAUAUGCUGUACUGAAAAAAUUUAUUGGUGAAAUUCAAACUAAUAACGAUUCAUUCACUGCAGCUUUUUAA